AGUUAUUUGCUGUGGGGAGAUCACCUUGGUUCGGACAUGCUUCAGAUGUUAUUAUAAUUUUAUCUGACUACUAUCCCAUUAAUCUAACACCGACCUAUCCCCCUCUGUAGCCUCAAGUCAGAGUUAUGCAUUACAUUUGCUGCUAGCCGGAGAUAAAUUUAGCAUCCUAUGUUUCUGGAAUAAACACCGAAUCAGAAACCACGUCAGCCUUAAAGUGAUAAAUAAUCGUGUAUUACGAUCACCUAACGUUUUCGUGCAGAUAUGGCACACCGAAUCCCAAUCCAACAAGACAACUUAAGUUUUCAGGAGAGACAGAGUAAAGUUUGGGAAGAUAUGGAGCGAGACAUGGAUAUGAGACGUAAAGAAUGGGAAUCGGAUAUAGAGAGAAUGAGAGGUGAUUUCUUUAACCUUAAACCGUGUGAUGACGGACUAGAAUCACUUAAUGAUAAAUUCAGAUUUAAGGACGGAAUGGAGGAUGCUAAAUCAGUUAUUGAAAAAGAUCAAAAUGGUCGCCCAGUGUUCCGGGCGAGGUUUAAUGUGAAGGAUUAUCAACCGGAAGAAGUUAAUGUUAAAAUGGACGGAGAUAGGGUAGUUGUGAAUGCAGCUCACAUGGAAAAGGAUGGAUCAAAAUCAGUGAGUCGUGAGUUCAGUCGUGAAGUAAACAUUCCACGCGAAGUAGACCCAUUAUUAUUACAGUGUACAAUAUCUUCUGACGGUGUUCUAUCAGUUGAAGCACCAAUGCCGACACCGCAGUAUCCUCAAGUAAUGGAUAACCCGAGAACGACACAUCGCAUCAUUCCGCAAACGAGUCCACAUGUGUCGAGUACUCCACCGAGAAACACUCCGCCGCCUAGUACCACUCAAACACCUGCAGGGCAUACGUCAUCGUUUACGACCUUUAUGUCCGGACCAAAAGGUGCUGCACCUCCAUACACUAGUGUACAGAGUACAAUGUCAAAUUCCUCACCAAAGCAAUACACACCGCUGGCGUCGACCUCAGUUUCAUCGUCUAAAUACGACACAAGAAAUAGUGUAGACUCGUUACCGGCACCUACAGAAGCCGAUAAAAAGUUUCGUGUAGAGGUUGAUAUCGAAGACUUCAAUCCAGAAGAGCUAUCCGUAAAAACUGUCGACAAGAAACUUGUAAUAAGUGCAAGCAGAAUGGAGCGUAUUGGAAGCAGAACAUCAACAAAAGAACUCAAUCGAGAGUUUCAUUUGCCCGACACUGUAGAUCCUAUGGCUGUUAAAGCAUUCUUUUCAGAAAGCGGUAAAAUGAUUAUUGAAGCUCCUUACAUGAAAACGAUCACAGUUGGCCAUUUCUCUGGCCACGAAGGAAGCCCUUUAUCGGGAAGAUGAUUGUGAUUGAGGAAUGUUUAACGUUUUGUUGAAGAUCAAAUUGACUGACAUUAAACGUGUCGUUGCUUUAUAUAUUCUGCAUGACAACUUUUCAUCACCUUACUCCAGAUUAAAAUCUAUAUUAAUUCAGUCAGUGAACUUGAUGAACAUUAUAAAGAGAGA